CUUCUUCCCUGUUUCACUAUCCUCAUCAACACGGUGUCAGCGCCGAACAAGUGAAGGCAUCAUGAAUAACCAGUGAGGGCCUGAUGUCGAACAUUUUUUAACACACUGUAUUAUUAUUAUUAACGCUGUACCCACGCUAGUGUACUCUGUACCGCUGAUAUUCGAGUGACAUUGGCCAUUAUCAUUUGUUAUUAACGUGGCAAAACGGUUGGCCUUCGGCUUUUGACAUCAGCUAGCUAUCAAGCUCGGUUUAACUUGUCAACACUUCUGUGAAAGAUGGCCGACAACGGAGCCCACACGACUGAAGAGGACCCAGCCGCGGCUUUCCUGGCUCAACAGGAGAGCGAGAUCGCGGGGAUAGAGAACGACGGCGACAACGGCGACAACGACGGCGACGGCUUUGGGUCGCUGGAAGGAGCGAACGGCCACCAGCCGGCUCAGCCUCAGCCCACCAGCUAUGACGGUUUUGAAGACGAGCCUGCCACGGUGAAUGGAGACCUGUUUCAGGAAUCCAAUGGUCCAACAGACAACUAUGCAGCCAUUGCACAGGUGGAUAUUCAGAGACAAGAGCCGGAGAGUUUACGCAAAUGGAGGGAAGAGCAGAAGACACGACUUGAAGCAUUAGACACAGCAUCCAAGGCAGCAGAGGCAGAGUGGAAAGAAAAAGCCAAAAAGGAGCUGGAGGACUGGCAUGUGCACCAGGCUGAGCAGAUGGAAAAGAACAAGGCCAACAACAGGAUUGCUGACAAGGCUUUCUACAAACAACCCAACUCUGAUGUUAUAGGCUUUGUAGCGUCAGAGGAGGCUUUCCUGGCAGAUAGUGAUGGCGACAGUCCAACAGGAACAGAAUGGGAGAGAGUAGCCCGUCUCUGCGACUUCAAUCCCAAAACCAACAAACAGGCAAAGGAUGUUUCUCGAAUGCGUUCAGUCCUCAUCUCUCUCAAACAGACGCCUCUAGUCCGCUGAAGGAAAAUGUUUGUUCUAGUAACAUUGCCUUUUCAGUUACAUCACAAGAGUUCGUAUGCCAUUUUCCACAAUUGUACUGGUAUGUUUUUAACCUUUAAAAACUUUUGCUUUUCACCUCAAUAACACACGUAGCCUCUCCUCUCUCUUGUGAGACGUUAAAACUUGGUAAUGCAUAAGAAAAUAUUGUUACUGUACCUUAAGUAUUUUCCUUCCCUUUUAACUUAGAGAAUGUUUUUAAUCAACUUCAUCGCACGUCUCUGCCAACAUUUUUAGUUUUUAGUAUUUGCAUUGUGGUCAAUGUCAAACACUGACUGACAAUAGUUCAGAAUUAGAUUGUAAACACUUGUGCCUCAUCAUUAUACAAUUAUAAACAUUUAACUUUUGUUGUGUUACAAUCCUAGUUAAAUUAACAUAUUUUUCUCUCAUACAUUUUAUGCUUAUGGCCUUUUUGAUCUCACUCUUACUACACUGUGGGUAUUUAGCCAGAGGGAUUUUCUCUUCAAUUAGAUUUCAGCAAAAAAAACAACUGACAACCAAAGAUUUCUGCUCAGUCUCCGCUAACAUCUAAAUCAUCACAUGAUUUACAGCUGGGCAGUUUCUCAUUUCACUGCUUUUCUCAGCAAAAGGGUUUAUGCACCAUUUUGUGUUACACUACAUGUUUUUUUUAUAUUUUAAAAACUGAAAUCAAUAGAUUGUCAGCAGUGAUGUCCGCACAUUGUUUCACAUGUUGCCUAUUUGGAGAGAAAGGGUCCUGAUGGAGAAUGUUAAAAGGGAACUGGAAAAUCAAAUAAUUGUAGUAUGAUCCCCUGAAUUAAUUUAUCUUAAGCUAUUUACUGGCUAAGACUGAUGCCAAUCCAAAUACCCUGGAGAUAAUCACUUGAUUCCCAGUUUGACCAGUCCAUUAAAUGGUUAAAAUGUGAGGCCCAGUGGCAGCAUUCAUCCUUUCAUACUCUCAGGCCCAAACUCAUGAAGACCAUCACGUCUGCUGCUGGGAAACGGUCAUGAUUUGAUUAAUUUUCUCACCUUUGUUAGCAUUAACACAGAUCCAAUAAUUAAUAUCCAAAGAAAAGAGCAAGUCAUGUUUGUUUUAACUUCAUGAGUGUCACACACAUGAACACUGGAAUACCUCAGCACAGGUCUUUCAUUCUUUCAAUCAUGAGUCAUGGUCUGAGAGUUCAAGAUGGAUGUUGGGACCGAAUGUGUCUAAAUCUAACAUCCACUCAUGUCAAUCUGCUCACCCCAGCCAAUAAUAUAUACACAAACCUCACAAACUUUCCCCUGUGAUUUUUCUUUUUCUUUCAAUGAAUGUUGAAUAAAGGUUGUUUAAGAAAUUGAUGACCCCAGAA